UUCCCACCUCCAAAUUCCUCUUCCUUCACAACCCAGUAAAACCUGCAGCCAGUUGUCUCCAUGUUCUGGGCUGAGAAGAUUAUGGUCCAGAAUAUUGGCUGGGCAACAGAGGGUGAAGAGGGGAGGACUGGGUUGAAAGUGGAGUUAGGGUUGGGUUAGGGUUUGGGUUAAGGUGGGGUAGGAGGUUGGGGAGAAGAAGUGAGGGGUAUGUGGCUUUGGUCAUUUGAGAUAAGAGCAGCAGUUAUGGUAAAAGGAGAUUUUAACAACAUAAUGAUAGUAACAAUAAUAAUUAGAAUAAAGUUAUCUUAUCAUCCACUACGUUUAAUAAAAAACAGAAGUAUAAGAUAAUAAUGCUUUUGCUAUAACUAGUCAUUAUAUAUUAACAAGCUUAUUCUGAGACACAUCCAAAAUCAAGAACUGACCAAAGAGACUCUUCCUCAAGAGGAGUAAGCCUGAAGUAUACAAAUUCCUACUAAUAAUAAAAUUUUGAGCGUUCAUCAUCAAAUAUUCUUAGGAAUAGAUCAACUUGCAUAUAUCAGACAAGAAUUCUCACGUUAUAUACUCAGUUUGUUUAUAUUUAGAGAAAUAAGUAAUGAUCUAGAGAAGAAAAUGAUGCUAUCAGCCCAAAGUAAGAGUAAACUGAAGAAACAAUGGCUCAAAGCCCUCUUCCUCUAUUUCUCAGGAGGAUUUCAUGGUAGACAUAUUUUGUAUUUUGCUCCUGAUCCAUUAAAUAUUUCUCUUUCUUCAAAGAAGUGAGAAAAAU